GUGCUGUUUUAUCAUGUUAACGGGUUUAAAUAAUAAACUCAAACAUGGCUGGAAAAGCGGAUGAUGAACAAGGCGUGUCGACUCACAUCUGUGUAGUGAACAAACGACUCGCUUUGUUCACAAUCUGUUCUACAGCAAAUAGAAAAUUAACUUUUUGGUCCUUUUACUACCUUUAAACCGGCUGUUUUCGGCUUUACACAGACUUCUAUGCAGGAUUCCUGCUUUUCUGCAUUUAUUGUUUGUGUCGUUUUGCCCGCAGACAGUUUAGUGAGUUUCCUGACCACAUGUUUUAAAAUACUUCUGUUUUCCACUUUCAGAAAGUCUGAUUCACAGGCUGUUCGUGCUAAAGACUUUUCUUACUUUUUAGUUUUUAACUUUGGGUGCUUUUUUUAUUCAAGUGAAAAUACAAACACUGAGGUUUUCUGUGUGUGAAUCAAAGUUCAGCCUGUUAUUCUUUUUAAAAUCUCUUGGAUCUUUGGAAAACGUUGUGCCUCUUAGCCUUGGGACGUAGGGACUGGCUGAGUUUAGUCCAAAAAUCAGUUUUUAAGGUAAUAAUCCUUCCAAACCUACAUCAUCAUCAGCACACUGACACCAAGAGGUAGGACCAAAUAAGAAGUAGUAUACCAUGGCUGCAUUUAUUUCUGAAAAUUUUAAAUUUGCUUCUCUUUUCUUUAAGAGUAAGGAUGUAAUGAUCUUCAAUGGGCUGAUAGCCCUGGGGACAGUGGCUAGUCAAACAGCAUACAACAUAUUUGCCUUUGAAUGCCCGUGUUCUGCACAGAGAAAUUAUCUGUAUGGGUUAGCAGCUAUUGGUGUACCUGCCUUAGCUUUCUUUUUAAUUGGAAUAAUGCUCAAUCGUAGUACCUGGGACCUCGUUUCAGAAUGUCGCAUCAGAAAAUGCCGGAAGCUCUCUGGUGCUGCUGCCUUUGCUCUGCUGGGCUCAAUAGUGGGCCGUGCAGCAGUGGCUCCAGUAACGUGGUCUGUCAUCUCACUCCUCAGAGGAGAGGCCUAUGUUUGUGCACUUAGUGAAUUUGUGGACCCUCAGUCUUUGGAAAACUUUCCUUCCACUACCAAGAGCUCAAUAAUUAUGGCCCAGUUUCCAUGUAAGGAUGUUCCUGCAGAGCUGUUGCACUUUUGGAAAAACAUUGAACGCCAACUGAAGUAUGAAUCUCAGUUCUUGGGCUGGAUCUUAGUGGCUGUUGUCUCUUUUGCUGUAUUCCUGGUGAUGUGUGGAAAGCGCUGCUGCUCUCCCCUGGGCUACCAGCAGGAGGCCUACUGGUCCACCUAUCGAGCCAGUGAGCAAACUCUAUUCCAGCGUACUGCUGAGGCUCAUGCCAAACUCCGUGCUGCAGAGAACAUCAGGACCUUCUUUGGGUUUGUUGCCCUAGAGGAACAAGAAAAGGGGCUUGUGACAUCAUGUCAGGGGGCCAGACAGGCAAUUUCCAAUAUGGAGUGGAACCAGAUAACAGGAGUUUACUUAUACAGAGAGAAUGAAGGGAUUCCCCUGUACAGUCGUCUCAAUAAAUGGGCCAAUUUCACAAUUGGGAACAACACAGAGGCCAUUGAGAUGGACAUGUUAGGUUAAGAUGUAAAUGAUCAUUGUCAGGAAUAAAUUACUAUAUGGUCAUUUCUAGUGGGUAAUAGUUGUGUUCACUAAUAUGAUAUAGUUUUUUUAAACUAAAAUUUCAUUUGGUUUUAUGUGCUCUUGCUGUGCAAAUUUAUUUAGUGUUCUUUCUUUCUUUCUUUCUUUCUUUCUUUCUUUCUUUCUUUUCUUCGCUUUAACUUGUCAAUAUGAUAAUGUAUUACAUGGGAUGCAAACACAUAUUUACAAUUUCUUUAGCUUGAUGAUGGUACAAAUUGUGUGAUAGCUCAUCAAAAAUGUAUCUUAAUACAUAAUGCAUACUGAAGCAACUUUUCUGCGUUCCUAAAAUAUUUAUAAGACGUAAGCUUUUUAAAAUGUCUGGGCUAUUUGUAUUUUAUAAUAUGUGUAUUAGGGGGCACGUUCGCCUCACACCUCCAGGGUCGGGGUUCGAUUCCCGCCUCCGCCUUGUGUGUGUGGAGUUUGCAUGUUCUCCCCGUGCCUCAGGGGUUUCCUCCGGGUACUCCGGUUUCCUUCCCCGGUCCAAAGACAUGCAUGGUAGGUUGAUUGGCAUCUCUGGAAAAUUGUCCGUAGUGAUUUCGUGAUUGCGUGAGUGAAGGCGUGCGUGCGUGUGUGUGUGCGUGCCCUGUGAUGGGUUGGCACUCUGUCCAGGGUGUAUCCUGCCUUGAUGCCCAAUGACACCUGAGAUAGGCACAGGCUCCCCGUGACCCGAGGUAGUUCGGAUAAGCGGUAGAAGAUGAAUGAAUGAAUGAAUAUGUGUAUUAUGUAUAUUGGUCUCUUAUUGGUAAUUCUUUAUUAAUUACAGUUAAUAAUGCCAGCAUUUGAUAUUAUCCCUCAUAAGAAGUUUUUGAGAAUGUACUGUAUGUUAUCUCAGGUAGGCUGCAUGGUGGUACAAUGGCUAGAAUUUCUACCUCACAGCUCUAGGGUCCUGGGUUCACAAUGGUGUUUUCUGGGUUUGCAUUUCAGCUUCUCCAGUAUUUGUCCACUGUCCCAAAAACAUGAAGUUAGAUUUUCUUGCCCUGCUAAGUUGUCCUUAGAUGUGAAUGUGUGUGUAUUUGAGUAAAUUGUGUGAAUGGGUCUCUGCAGUGGACAUCUGCAGUGAGACUUCCAGGAUUGGCUUCAGAUUCACCACAAAGCCAAACCACAAGCGCUAACUAAAGAUCAACAAUCUCUCAGGUAGACCCUAUGUUGAGUCAUAUUGUUGUGCUGUUCCUACAACUAUUG